AUGGCUUCUCUGAAGUUUGAUCCAGACUUUUGGAACGUGGUUCAAGAGAGGCUGCAACCAAGGCCACAACAAGCGCCACUGCCAGCUCUCGUCCCCGUUGAAUCCAGCUCGUUUGAUGAAUCUCCCGAGGGCGGCCUUGAUUCCGGUGAUGCCGCUGGAAGCACAACAGCGGCAAAGGCGAAGGAGGUUGAAGUGGAGUGGCUGGAAGCAUCUCAGAUUCGAUUCAGUCAGUCAACUAUAUGCGAGGCGUUCUCACGCCCGCCAGCCAAGGCUGUCGCGGAUGCAGCACCGGAACAGAAGAGCUAUGCACGCGUUGCUGCAGCUGCGCCCAGAAGCAGCAAGUACACCGUCCUCGAUGCCGUGCGGGAUCUCAACGAGGGGAGGAGCAAGAUUGAAGACUUCCCCCCAAUCCGAGUGGUGGAGCAGGACGGGCUGCUCUUCUCCCUGGACAACCGCCGUCUCUAUGUGUUCAAGCUGUUCGGUUCGACCGGGUUGCGCGUGCCCGUGCGCCGAGUGCCGGCUGACAAGGAGCUGUUUCAGAAGCUCACGUGCACGGGCACGGGGGAUGCGAGGGGGAGGACGGUGCAGGUCCUGACGGAGGAGGAGGCGAGGGAGGUGGGGAGGGUGCUGCAGCUGGAGCAGCACGUGCUGAAAUGGAGUGUGCCGGAUAUCAUGAAUGAUUACCUGCUCGUCAGGAAGGUCCGACCUAUACCAGACAAGUUCCCGAACAUCCGCUCGUACCUGUCGGCCUUCCGCUGGCCCCUGGUGGAGGAGUGCCGCGCCAGCCUCAAGUCCUCCCUGGGUCAGCUGUCCGCUUCAACUCCCAUGCAGAUAGACAUUCACAAGGUGGAGAGACUGGAUGGAUAUGUGGCUGGCGCGGAUGAUUAUGAUGAGGAGGACGAGUGGGAGGAGGGUGGGUAUGACAUGGGCCGGCAAGAUGUUUUCGGCAGUGAUUGGUGUGAGGAGGAGGACGUCUAUGGAAGUUAUUUGUUCGGGGGAGCAAGGAGGGAGAGGAAGCCGGUGAAGGUGCACUCGGAUACGGGGCGGUUUGGUGCGGUGGUGUUCGAGGUGGACAGGCAGAAGCUGGCUCGUGACAGGUCAGCGUCAGGAGGCGGAGGAGGCAGCUGGUUCGAAGGAGUGAAACUGAAGCCUACAGAUGUGGUGCUUCUCUCCACCGUUGCUCCCACCGAGCCCAACGAUCUGCUGCGUGCAGGCGUGCUGUAUCUUCUCGGCGUUCUGCUUCCUGACAGGAACGUGACCGAGGGCAUUUCUCUUCCAGGACAAGACGGAGGACAGGAGGGUGGUGGGGGGGGCGGAGACGGGAGCAGCAGCUACUUCAAGGCGAAGAUCUUUCUUCCAAAAGAGUCUCCAGAGCUGAAAGGUCUGGAGGAGGCUUUAGUGCGGAAGAAGAGUGAUAAGGGGGAUGGUGCAGAGGGGGGGGGUACUUGGUAUGUGACUCUGCUGGAUACAUUCGCCACGCCUCAGCGCAUCUGGGAUGCGUUGCAUGGGUAUCUGGGGCAAGAGGAGUGGAGCGAGAUGGAGGGGUCGGAGAGAGAUCGGAUGAUGAAGUUGAUGCUGGAGGAGGUGCUGUGUUCGGAGAAGGGGGCCGGCAGGAGGGGUGGAAAGAUGCGUAUCACAGAAGAAGCAAGAGAGAAAAUUCUGAGCACGUUGCCUCCAGCCAUCACUAUAGCUCCCGACGUGGUUCCGGAGCUCCUGCAAGCCGUGGGGGACUUCUGCCAUGCGCGCGGCCUCAACCACCCACAGCAGGCAGCCAUUCUUGCCUGCCUCCGUGGAUUCCUCUCCUCUGCUGCCUCCUCUCCAUUCGUCUCCUCAGCCUUCCCCUCCUACUCCUCCUCCUCCUCCUCACAAUUCUCGUCCUUCUCCUCGCCACUCGACAACUACUCCUCCGUUUCUCGCAAACUGCUGCAGCUGGUGCAGGGCCCGCCGGGCACAGGGAAGACGCACACUAUCUCCGUUCUCCUCUCCAUCGUGCUUUCCCUUGGCGUGCGCACGCUCGUCUGCGCACCUACCAACGUCGCAGCGGCAGAAGUGGGCCGAAGAAUGCUCCGACUCGCGCUCUUCUCCGAUCCCUCCUCUCAGUUUGCAGGGUACUGCCACGGGCAGCAGCAGCAGUAUAACGGAUGGGGCGGAAGGGGAGAUGUUCCCAUGGCGUUUGUGAGAGGAGGGAAGCUGAGGGUUGGGGAUAUAGCCCUGGUUGCAAAUGAAGAUAGGCUGGAGAUAGAUCCUGAGCUGGGGAUGAUCCUGGUGGGGAGCGAGAGGAAGGGUGGCGGUGGGAAAAGCACGUUCAGUGGUCGAAUUGGGAGGCUGGUAGGAGCUCUUUCCCUUCUAACUGGAUGGAGGCCGUCUUUUUCAAGCCUGCUUUCCUUUCUGGAUAUCUCAUGGGAAGCGCUCAACCAGGAGUUUCAAACCGAGCUGGAAGCAGAGGAGGAGCGGCGGAAAAAAGAAGCUGUUUUUGCAGGCGACGUUGGCAGGGGCGGGAUCGACAAGAAAGGUCCGAAGAAGGCUGCCCCACUUCCGACCCUUGUAGCUUACCUCCAGAAGCGUAUUGACUUCCUGACCCAGCCUGCAAUGGAGGCAGCAGUGAAUCUUGCAGAAGACCUUCCAUCUGCUCUUCUUCCUGAGAAUCAACGGCUGCUGCUUCUCCAGGCGUUUGAUCUCAUGGCAGCACUACGACAGCUGGUGAGGGUUGCUGGUCUGACUCCCGCUGUUCUCAAGACAUGGCUGGAGGGUACAGGGGGACUGGCAGGAGAGGAAGGGGGGGUGGAGGAAGUGGUUGAGACAGCCUUUGUUCUGCUUGGUCUUGGUGUUAGUGCUGCGGGUGGGCUGGAUGGUGAUUCUGCUAUGAGCACUGUUCCAAAUGCCUACAGCAUCCCGAGGCUAUCCGGUGCUCCCACCUUCGCAACAGUGGCUGCAGUCUGCAUUGAGAACGCCAAGCUCGUCCUCUCCACCGUCUCCUCCUCUGCGCGCCCUCUCCUGCGCUUCUCCACCCCCUUCCCGCUGCUGCUACUCGACGAAGCAGCCCAGCUGGUGGAGGCAGAGAGUGUGGUGGCCCUCCAGACCAAGGGGCUGCGCUAUGCUGUGCUCGUGGGCGAUCCCAAGCAGCUGCCAGCCACUGUUCUGAGCAAGGUAGCAGUUGAGGGCCAUUACAACCGCAGCUUGUUCGAGCGGCUGCAGGGCAAUGGGUGGGAGGUGCACAUGCUCAGCGUGCAGUACCGCAUGCACCCCGAAAUCAGCCGCUUCCCCUCGCACUGCUUCUACGAGGGGCGUAUCGAGGAUGGGGCCAACGUGUGCCGCCCGUCACACAGCCCACAGCACCUGGAGCCUCUAUUUGGCCCGUACAUGUUCAUGCACGUGAAGGGCAAGGAGGAGAGGGACGUGGGGGCGGUGGAGGGUGGUUCUCGCAGUAUUGCGAAUUCGGUGGAGGCUGUGGUGGUGCUCGCGCUGCUCAAACGACUCUCUGACGCCUGCAAAGGCGCAGAAGCAGGGUCGCGCACAGGUAGCUCGCCAAUGAAAGUGGGUCUCAUCUCGCCAUACGCGCUGCAAGUGGAGUACUUGAAGCGGGCCUUGGAGUCCCAGUCGUGGCCGCACCUGGUGGUGGAGGUGAAGAGUGUGGACGGGUUUCAGGGGCGCGAGUGUGACGUGAUCAUUGUCACCACUGUGCGCUCGAACAUGAACGGCAGCAUUGGAUUCGUGUCCGAUGCAAGACGGCUGAACGUGGCAAUAACGAGGGCGCGCUACUGCAUGUGGGUGGUGGGCGAUCGGGAAACACUGCAGCGUGGCGACACCACGUGGGAGCGCCUGCUAGUGGACGCACAGCAGCGCGGGUGCCUGGUGGAGGCACACAGCGAUGCAAAGCUGCGCAGAGUGGUGGAGAGGCGUCAGAUGGAGCUGGGCGAGGUGGAGCAGCUGCUGCUGCCCAACUCGGGCCUCUGGGACUCGCUCAUCUGGGAGGCAACCUUCUCCCUGGAGUUCCAACGCAGCAUGAGGGAGCUGCGGUCUCUAGACGUGAUCAACGCAGUGAGGCGCCUCAUGGGCGGUCACAGGCCGCAGCGAUGCACGAGGCCGCGGCACGAGCUCAAGGACCCACGCUACUAUGACAUCAUUCACGUGCAGGCUGUUGGGAGAUACCAGCUCAUUUGGACCGUUGAUGUCUCUCGCACAACCUACAAACAGAUCAUCCGGGUGUGGGAUGUGGUGGAGGAGCAGAAUGUGCUCAAGUGGCUGCGUCGCCUGGAGGGCGGCCUUGGCACAUACUCUGAUGAGUCAUUGGACCGCUGUGCACGCUGUGACGACCGCCUCGCUCGCAGGGUGCAGCCGCUGCAGUUCCCGAAAGAUCCAGGUUUUACAUGGCACAGGGCCAAGGCAUCGCCACGCGAUGUGGCAGCUGCUCCUGAUACAGAGAGCGCCCUGGAGCGAGCGCCAGUGGACGAGAGCGUCCUUCUAAUGAAGUUCUACCAGCUCUCCCUGGGCUCCGUGCGCCAACUACUCACAGCAGCGCAGGGCGAGCUGCCCUUCGAGGUGAACGAGCAGGAGGCGCUCAUCGUGCACUACCCGGGGAGCCUCUUCGUGCUCGGCCGCUCCGGCACCGGCAAGACCACCAUCAUUACCCACCGCUUGCUGCGCCUGGAGCGGGUUUUUCUGCGAGCCAUGGGGGAGCGGGGCCGGCUGGGUCCUGCUGUGGGGAUUGGGAUGGGGAGUGGCAGGGGAGGAGAGGUGGGUGGGGAGGGAGGAAGGGGGAAGGCGGUGGGUGAUGAGAAGAAGGGAGGUAAAGGGGGAGAGGGCGGGGAGGGGAGAAGCGUGGGGACGUUGAGGCAGGUGAUUGUGACUCUGAGCCCGCGGCUGUGCGCUGCGAUUCGGCACCAUGUGCAUAAAGUCAGACGAACCAUGCUGGAAGCAGACUCCGACCUCCCUGCCAGCACCGCACCUCCCUCCACAGCCCAGGGGGGGAAAAACCACCAGCAGCAGCAGCAGGGGGAGGCAGGGGAGGUGGAGGAGCUAUUACUCUCAGAAGAAGCAGAGGAGAAGCUCAUGGGAGAUCUGCCCGAGUCUCUAGACGAGGUGCAGCCUGAUGCAUAUCCCCUGGUGCUGACCUUCAAGAAGCUUCUCAGCAUGGUCAAUGCCACGCUGGCACGGCCGUUCCAGCAGGAUGGUGGGUUGAAGGCCGGUGGGUGGCAUGGGAAGGGGACGACGGGUGGUGGUGGGUGGAGGAGAGGGGGGGAAGAUUACAGGGGUGGGGGUGGUGGAGGGACGGGUGGUGAUGGAAGUGAUGAUGAUGGGAGCGAAUAUUUCUCAGAGGAUGAGGAUGAUGAAGAGGAAGAGGAGGAGGAGGACGAGGAAAAGGAUGGCUUUGGCGCAGCGUACCAUCAGUCACACUGGCACAGGGACAGGCCGCAAGGCACAAGCGGAGCCAGAAGCAGCAGUGCUGCAGGCGUUAGCCCUGGCAGUGGCAGCGGCAGUGGCAGUGGUGGUGCUGGGGUGCUGUCUCUGCCUGAAGAGGUGGAUUAUGACCGAUUCGAAUCCCUCUACUGGCCUCACUUCAACACCACAGUCACCCGCAAGCUAGACGCAUCCCUGGUCUAUAAAGAGUUCUUCUCUCAUAUCAAAGGCUCCCUGCACGCCCUCAGGUCCCCCCGGGGGCGGCUGUCGAAGGAAGACUAUGUCGCUCUGGCUCAGACCCGCACGUCAAGCUUCGAUGAGGCGCAGAGAGAGGUUAUCUAUGGGUUGUACUUGCAGUAUGAGAGGGAGAAGCGGCAGAGGGGGGACCAUGACCUGUGUGACUAUGUCUACCAUGUGUAUAGGGAGCUUGCGAAGGGAGCGACUAAGAUCUGCACGCCUGCUGCUCUUGCUGCCGCAGCUGCCUCUGCUGGCACUGCUGCAGCUUCUCGUGCCACCACCACCAGGUCUAUGACCUCUCGUGGUAGUGGUGGUGAUGACAAGGUUCGAUCUGGCCCGCCGUUCCAGUACGUGUAUGUGGACGAGGUGCAGGAUCUGACCCAGGCGCAGAUUGCCAUUCUGCGCUUCCUCUGCGCGAAUACCUCGGAUGGCUUUGUUUUUGCGGGGGAUACGGCGCAGACGAUUGCAAGGGGUGUGGACUUCCGGUUUCAGGACAUCCGAAGGUUGUUUUAUGAGCUGUUUCUGGGGAGAAAGGUGGAUGUGGUGGGGGAUGUAGGGAAUGAGGGGGUGGAGGGUGGUGGGGAUGGGGUUGGUGGUGCUGGUGGUGCGGGGGAAGGGGAGAAUGGGCCAGAGGAGGGGCGCGGUCGGGAGAAGCAAGGGAGGUGGGCAGGGGCAGCAGCAGCGCGUGGGAAACAGAAACUAUCUGGCAAGGGGAGGAGGAUGCUCGAAGAGGUGGGCGGUGGAGCAACAGCAGAGACAGCACUAACCGUCAGUGCAGCACAGGGCUCAGAAAGGGAGAGAGGAGAGCAGAACAAGGGGGAGACGGGAACAAAGGCAGGCGGAGGCGGAGCACAGGAGCGAUCUUCCUGCACAGAAAUGCCAGAUCUAUUCUUCCUCUCGCAGAACUUCCGAGCGCACAACGGCAUAGUGCGUCUGGCAGACAGUGUGGUGCGUGUGCUGCUGCACUUCUUCCCCCACGCUGUCGACCGCCUUGCCCCGGAGUUCAGUCUUAUCGAUGGGGAGGCGCCGGUUUUCCUGGAUGCUAAGGCGAGCGAUGAUGUGGUGACGCAGCUGUUCGGGAAGAAGGGCGCGAUUGGUGGCGGCGGGUGCGAAUUCGGAGCCGAGCAGGUGAUCUUGGUGCGAGAUGCAGAGAGCCGCACGGAGCUGGUGAAGCGGAUUGGGUCAAAGGGACUCGUGCUCAGCGUGCAUGAGUGCAAGGGGCUGGAGUUCCAGGACGCCCUGGUGUACAAUUUCUUCUCGGGAUCACCAAUGGCGUCGAGCUGGCGGCUGCUGUACCACUACAUGCGCGAGCACUCCCUCAUCCCCUCCACUGAGGAUGGCUCCAGCCGCUGGCAGUGCCCCUCCUUCGACCCCAAACGGCACAACCUCCUGUGCAGCGAGCUGAAGCAGCUGUACGUAGUGCUAACGCGCGCGCGGCAGCGGCUGUGGAUAUACGAGGAGGAUGAGGGGGUGAGGCGGCCGGCCAUGGACCUGUGGGGGGCGAUGGGCGUGGUGGCCGUGAAAGCACUCACGCCUGACCUCCUCACUUCCAUGCAUACGGAAUCGUCUCCUGAGGGGUGGCACAAGAGGGGCACUGAGCUGUUCAACGCAGCCCAGUUCGAAGCAGCAGUGCUCAGUUUCGAGCGAGCAGGCGACGAGCAUAGUGCAGCAGUGGCACGGGCAGCGCUGCUACAGCAGACAGCCAAGAGGCUACAGGGCACUGACCCAAAGAAAGCAAGCAAGACGUUUCAGGACGCCGCCAACGCGUUCCUGAAGGUGGAAAAGCCGAGGGAUGCCGCCCGGUGCUUGAUCAGUGCCGGCAAGAUGAAGCAAGCAGGUGACGUGUAUCGUGACAGGUGUGUGCCGGCCAUGUGGGUGAAAGCAGGGGAGUGCUACGAGCUUGCAGCAAAGGCAGAGGAAGCGGCGCAGUGCUUUGCACAGGUGUGGGAGGUAGAGAGGGCGCUGCUUGUGUGCGCACAGAAUCGCUUAUACACUCUCGGGGUGUCCCUGCUGCAAGUGUGGCAGGGGCAGGUGGAAGAGGGAAUGAGAUCGGUGAAAGUAAAGCAGAACCAGCAGGGGCAGCAGCUGCAGCAGCAGAAGCAGGAGGAAGCGGAGGAGGAGAAUUGGAAGCAGCGAGAGAGGCUCGUUGUGCGGAAGAACGCAGAGUUUCUGCAGCAGGCUGCGAUGUAUUACUAUCGCAAGAAGAACAAGGGUGAGAUGCUGAGGUUUGUGCAUCAAUUCCCGUCACUGGCAAAGAAACGGCAGUUCUUAGAGAGGCGAGACUUUUUCGAUGAUCUGCUCCAGAUUGAGGUAGCUGAGGGGAAUUUCCAGCGGGCAGCUGAGAUGAUGCUCAAGAAGGGCGACAUGGUUGGGGCAGCGAGAAUGUUUCUCGGGCAGAAGAAAUGGGGGCGGGCGUUUGAGUGUGCGAUGGGUGCAGCUCGUGUCGCAAGCAUGUGGGCGAGCGGGAACAAGGGAUGGCCGUUGAAUGUUCGGGAGCGGAAGCAGGAGAAGCAGGAGAAGCAAGAGCGUAAGGUGGAGACCAAGAAAGACGAGUCGAAGGCGGGAAAGGGGAAGGAGGAUGAGGGAAAGAAGGCGGAGGUGAAAGCAGGAAAGGGAGAGGUUGUUCCAAAUGCAUGGGAGACCAGGGCAGAGGUGGAUGAGAGGGAAACGAAAUUUAAAGGCAAGGUAAACGCUCCAGAGGGAGAGGGGAAGCAGGAGGAGGUUGAGAAGCAACAAGAGGGGGUAGAAAAGAAGGCGGAUGGGAGUGUAGAUUCGAGUAUGGAUGCAUUGGAAACAGCUGUUGCUGUGUGGGUGCGGGAGAGGAAAGCGAGAGAGCAGAGGAAGGGGGUGAAAGGUCUAGGAGAGGAGAGUGCAGUCGAGUCAGGUGUUCAAGGACUGGGUGGGGUAUUAGGGAGGGAAGGUGGGGAGGUGGAUGAGAGGGAGGGCUUGGAGGCUGUCACGCUGCUGUGGCUGCGGGAUUUCCACGCUCAGGGCGGUGCAAAAGGGCGUGGGAGAGAGGUGGAUGCGGGUGGGAGAGAGAUGAAUAAAUGGUGGCAGCUGCUUGUUCGUUGCCGAGCAGACGAGCUCCUUGGUAUGGUGGGUUCGUUGGGGAAAAACUCUCAGGAAGGUGAGUCUGCAGUACUGACGGAUAAAGAAGCAGGGGAAGGGGAGGUGGUAGCAGAGGAAGGAAAGGAGGAGGGGGAGGAGGAGGAAGAGGAGUUGGAGCUGGGUGCAAGGAGCCUUGCUGCUGAAGUGCUGGUGAGCUGGCAGGGCCUUCAGAUGAGCAUCCAACGGGCUAAAGCUUUGCUCUCUCAGCCUUUGAACUCCUCACUUUCUCGCUCUGGUGCUGCGCCCUCUGCCCCAAUGCUCCCUUCUCCUGUCAAGCCUGGUGCCAACCAGCCCUCUCGAGCAUCACCUGCAGCAGCACCACCAGCUGUGCCUCUCCGACCUGCAUGGCAGGUGGUAACCCAGGGAGCUUCGCAGCAGUUGCAGCAGCAGGGGCAAGUGCAGAAAGAGAAGCAGCAGGAGGAGUUGCUAUUUGAGGCGGAAUGGAGGGAGGUGAAGGUGUGGUGGGGGCGGUGGAGUGAGAGAGUUGCAGCCAUGGUAGCUGCACUGCAGCGACUGCAGAGGCGCAGAGAGCUACCCUCAGAUGCGCCCUGGCUAGAAGCCACCUUCCACCUCCUCUCUGUCUCCUCCCCCUCCUCCUCCUCUUCCCACUCCGCCUCCCACGCUUUCACCUCCUCCUCUUCUCAAUCCCUUCUUGUCGGCCUGUCGUCUGCUCAUUGGCUGAACCCUGUGCGAGCGGCAGUGAACCACCUGCCGAACCAGGGCACGCGGGGGGAGGUAGCAAGGGAGGCUGCAGCCAGGGCAGGUGCUAUCUACUGGGCGAGGCAGGCGAGUGAGAUGGUCAAGGAAUGCGCGGGUGUGAUGCAGCAGGCUUUAAGAUCUCUGGAGAAAGGUGUGGUCAGUAGGAGGGAGCAAGUGUGGGGGUCUGGUGCAGGUGCGGUGUGGGACCGAGGGCGGCAGGUGAUUGGGAGUGGGGAGGCGGGUGAUAAGAAGAGAGCGAGAGAGCUGCACUUGCAGCUUGAGCUUUGGGUGGAAGUUCACGCGCUGCUUCAGUUCGCAAUAGACCUGUGUGGGGGGGGCAGGCAAGAGCAGAAACAGCAGCAGGGAGGGGAGCAGAGCAUCGAGGUGCAAGGGGCAGGCGGGGUGGCUGAGGAGGGGGGGAUAGCGCAGUUGGCAGGAGAUGUUGAGCUGUGGAAGGAACAACAAGAGAGAGCGAUCUUGCGGUUGCUCUCAUUGCUCUUCCCUGUCACCAGCCCUCUUCCUCGCUCCGUUGCAUUUGUGGUGGCGAGGUGGAGGGAGGACGAGCGAGCGCGGACGUUGAUGCGCAAGUGGGCUUGCUCAUGUGUUCAGACAUGCGUGGUUGAAGGGCGGAAGCAGAAGCAGCGGCAGGAGGAAGAGGAGCAACGGCAGAGGGAGGAGGAGCAAUGGCAAAGGGAAGAGGAGCAACGGCAGAGGGAGGAGGAGCGACGGCUGCAGCAGGAGGAACAGCAGCAGGAGGGGGAGGAGGAGGAGCAGAAUCAGGAGCAGCAGGAGCAGGAGGAGGAGGAGCAACUGCAGCAGCAGCAGGAGCAGCAGCAGCAGCAGCAGCAGCAGCAGCAGCAGCAGCAGGAACUCAUGGACCCACUGGUACCACCAGGACUGUUCGCCCAGCUGAUGCAAGUGCUGCCGUAUCUGGGGCCCUGGUGGAUGCGCAGAGAGUGCCAAGAUCUCAUUGCGCUCAUGCCGCCUUCCAGAGUGGAUGUGUGCGCUCGCAUGCUGCUGGGUGCACAGUGGGAGUUUGCAGCGCAGACUCUUACUCUCCAUCUCCCCACGCACUUGUCUGGAACGGUGGCUUUACACCACUGGGGCCUGGCUCUCUACUAUGUGUACGAUUGGUGCUACUGGGAUGUAAAGGACGGUUUCGUUUCCUUCCCCGUAUUCCUCAACCUGGCGGAAAGAGCAGCAGUGCACAUGUGUGCAGCCAUCACCAAUCUGGAAAACCUCGUCAUCCCCACCUCCCUCGCGUCCCUCCACCUGGAAGGCCAACACUACUCCAACCUCUGCACACACAUGUUCAAAUGGCCGUUCAACCAAAACCCGUACACGGUGGCUCAAAUCCACGACUCGAUUCUCCACCCGCUCCUCCACAUCCUCAUCCGUUUCCUUGUCUUCGAGCCAGACACUCUUAUCUGGUGGUUGAACAAGAGCGGUGUUUCGCCAACCGAGCACGGUUCAGUCUUCCUCCGCCUCCUCAUCCUCGUCGCAUUCGCUGUCUCCAAUGUCGACUGUGACCAUGAACAGAAACUAUUCUGCUACCUUAUCACAAACCUCCUGAAGCUCAUCUCUCCAAUAGGCCGGCUGCCCCACCGGCUUGUCUCCACGCUUCCCCCGCAACUGCAACGGGAUCUCAAGAACAUGUUCAGGAUGGACCGUGAACCUCCCUCCCCCUACGGCUUCUACACCAUGCUGGCCCGUCACAUGGGCACCACGCAUGACCCCUGGGUGGUGCUCCGACGCAGGGAGGCUCGGAUCAUCCCGGAUACAGAAUGGAAAGCCAACCUGAUGCAUGUGGAUGUUGAGUUUACACCUGAGGCUGCUGGAGGUGCCGCUGCUGCUGUGCGUGAAAACGAAGAACAGCAAUGUGUCCCUGUGUUUUCGCUGCAGAAGCUGACAGGGUACCGGGUUCCAAUGCUGGGUGGUGACAGUGGGGGGGAUGCUGCUGCUGGUGAUGAUGGUGCGAUUCUGGAAGAUGGCACUGCUGGUGUUGAUUCAAAGGAAGACGGGUUUGGAGAGGAGUCAAAGGAAGAGGAUGUGGCAGCGACUGCAGCGGCAGCGGCUCAAGAGGGAGAGAAUCUGGAGCAUGGGAAGGAGUGGGGUGGUGAUGGGGAGGGGAAGGCGGGCACAAGUGGUGGUGCUGGUGGCAUUGCGGAGGGUGCAGAAGCUGGGGAUGGUCUGGGGAAGAAGGGCGAAGAGGACGGUGUUGAGAUGAGCGAGGGCGCGAAGGAGGUGGUGAAGGAGCUUAAGAAUGCGCAACUGCAGAACGACGAGAGGGAGGAGGUGGAUGGUGUGAAGAUAGCUCUGAGGAUCACACAGCAGCUGCGAAGCUGCGUGCAGCAGGCACGUGAGCGGCUGCAGCAGGAGCUGUCGCCGCUCCAGCAGUGCAGCAGGGAGGCACGGAGGGCGCUGACAGCCAGGCUUGAGUCCGUCAGUGCAAUUGAGCGGGCCUUCUAUCUCAAGGAGUAUGAGGAGCAUGCGUGCCCUGUCAAGCCCCUCGAGCAGUCACUCAAGCAGCUGCUGCACCCACCAGAGAAACAAAGGGCAGGUGCACAGGCUGGGCCUGGCAAGGGUGGGAGCGGGACGGUGAAGCAAGAGGGAAGCAGCGGUGGUGUGCAGGAGCCUGGAGGAGGAAAAGGGAAGGGGAAGAAGGGAGCGGGUCGCAGUGGAGGGAAGGAUGGUGGGGGUGGUGGCAAGGGAGGGAAGAAGCAGCGAGGAGGCAAGUCAAAGAGGUGA